UGCCUCCAAGUUCAAAAGCAGCGGAGCUCAAAGAGGCCUCAGAUAGCCCAGAGCCCAUCUCUCACAGCUGCCACCAGAGCCUCGAAAGGUCCAGGAUGAACAGCUUCCUCCUCCUCGUCACCAUCAGUCUCCUGGUUGCAGUUCAGAUACAAACAGGAGUCUUGGGAAACAAUGCUACCAAAGUGACUACUCCUGCUCGUCCUGCCACUACCGUCAAACACGCCUCCCCACGGAGUGGGGCCUCCUCACUCAUCGAUGCGGGUGCCUGCAGUUUCUUCUUUUUCGCCAACUUCUUAAUGUGCUUCUUCUCCCUCAGCUGAGGUGAUGAUGUCACUUCUACAGCCCUAUGCUCCUCAAACAACUGCCACUGUCGUAGCAAGACACCCCAACCCAGCCCUUGGAAAUGGUUGACACCAGAGAUCCCAGGAAGUUAAAAUCGACAGCCAGUGGCCAAAAUGGGGAGGUGCUGAUGGACGGGGGCAAGUGACACCCAGCUGGGGCUCAAUAAAGUUAUACGUAGGCUUAGAUGGGA